AUGGCAAAUCAAAAUCAAAAUGGGUAUGCGGACUUGGAGAAGCAGAUGCUGAUCCUGCAUGACCAUGAAGAGAAGCACUUCAUGUCCAGUGAGAUUGUGCGUGACGUCAUUCUUGGCGUAUCGGACGGUCUCACCGUCCCUUUUGCCCUCGCCGCCGGGUUGUCCGGUGCGGAUGUCAGCUCCUCCAUCAUUCUCAUUGCUGGCAUUGCUGAAGUUGCCGCUGGUGCUAUCUCCAUGGGGCUCGGCGGGUACCUUGCUGCUAAGAGCGAAGCUGAUCAUUACAUGAAAGAACUAAAGAGGGAACAAGAUGAAAUCAUCGCUGUCCCUGAUACAGAGGCUGCUGAGGUUGCGGAAAUAUUGUCACAAUAUGGGGCUGAACCACAUGAGUAUGGGCCUGUGGUGAAUGCUCUAAGGAGGAAUCCACAAGCCUGGCUUGAUUUCAUGAUGAAAUUUGAACUGGGACUGGAGAAACCAGACCCGAUGAGAGCCGUACAGAGUGCAAUGACAAUUGCGUUUUCAUACAUAAUUGGAGGGCUGGUGCCCCUCGUGCCAUACAUGCUCAUUCCAAUUGCAACAAGGGCUGUGGUUGCAUCCGUCAUCCUAACCAUCGUGGCUUUGAUGAUUUUUGGCUUUGCAAAGGGUCACUUCACGGGCACCCAACCCUUCAAGAGUGCCCUCCAAACUGCCUUCAUUGGGGCCAUUGCCUCUGCCGCUGCUUAUUCCAUUGCUAAACUUUUCCAAGCAUACCACCAUUAA